AUGUUCCAUGAGAUGGAGAUCUUACGUGUCCUUCCAAAAGAGGAUGUCACAGAAUUCCGAUUAGUGUCGAGACAGCCAAGCCGUCGUACCGUGGAGGUAACGCUCAAUAGCAGCUGCUUUCGAGUGAUGACGGACUCUCAGGAAGGCCUGAAGGAUCAAACAUUUGAAUCCUUCGAACAGCUUCUCAGUGCCCUCGAUGGCGCUGAUGCGUUUGGUUCUAGACUCUGUGACCUGGUGAGCCAACAACUGGCUGCAGAGAUGGCAGGAUCGGAUGAGCAGCAGCUGCGAUGA